UUCUUCACUGAGUGAGAGAGAGAGAGAGAGAGAUUACCAAAUGAAAACCCCCAAAAAGGAAGAACAAACUAUUUGAAGAAACAGAGAAAAAACCCCAAAAUCCAAAUCUCCUAAAUCCCCAACAAUGUCUUCCAUAGCCACCAAAAUCCCCACCACCACCAGGUUUCUCCCCAUGCUCUUCGCCACCAACCUACUCUCACGCGCCUCCCUAUCCACCGCCACGGCCGCCGGCACCGAGAGCCGCUCGCAGAAGCUCGAGCGAAUCGCCGACGAGCUCCUCGACCUCACCAAGCUCGAGAGGCACGACUACGCCGUCCUCUUCCGCCUCAAGAUGGGCCUCGACCGCUACGGCCCGGCCGUCUCCACGGCGCCCGGCCCGGCGUCGGGCGGAUCUGGAGAGGCCGGCGCCGGCGAGGCGAAGGCGGCGGAGAAGACGGCGUUCGACAUAAAGCUGGAGAAGUUCGACGCGGCAGCGAAGAUCAAGAUCAUUAAGGAGGUUCGGUCGUUCACCGAUUUGGGGCUGAAGGAGGCCAAGGAUUUGGUGGAGAAAGUCCCCGUCGUGCUGAAGAAAGGCGUCACCAAGGAAGAAGCCGGUCCGAUUAUCGAGAAGCUCAAGGAAUUGGGUGCUACUGUGGUAUUGGAAUAAUAACUCAAGACAAAAAAAAAAAAAAAAAAAAAAAAACCAAUUUUUGAGUUUCUCUUGGUUUUAUACUUAUUUUGUUGAUGUAGAAUAAUGAUUAAAGGAAAGAGGUUGAAAAUGAAGAUUUUUUUUUUUUUUGAGUGGUAAGUUCUGGUGUUCUACAUUUGGAUAUUGUUAUUCAAAAGUUGGAAGAGAAUUUUGGUAUGCCAUGAAUUUACUAACAUGGUUCUGAUUCGGAUUGAGUUUAAUUU